AUGGAGAUCGAACAGGGAACGUUCACUCCCCUAGUUUUCACGACCACAGGUGGAAUGGCGGAUGAGUGUGUUAAGUACCACAACAGACUUGUGGAGCUGAUCUCAAAUAAGAAGGGAGAUAGUUACUCAAGCGCAAUUUCCUGGAUAAGAGCUAAAGUAUCUUUCGCGAAAGUACGCUCUUCGAUACUAUGCUUGAGAGGCUCAAGAUCCAGAUGAAAACAGCUAGACUUUGUUGACUAAGAUGUACAGAUCGAAAAUAUUCGAGCCUGCCCGAAUUAUUCUUGUUUGUUUGUUUUUUUUUUUUCAGGGACUUUUUAAAGAAUUAAGAAUUUAGGAAUAACAGAUUUUAUUUUUAUCUUGUUUCUUUUUAAUAUAUCAGAGACGGGUAGUUCUCUUUUGUAAUGACUUAAUUUAAAACUCUGGACUGUCUGUAAGAGUUAUUGAUCGCAUCUGAUCCGCAAGGAAUGUAUUUGAGAAAUCGUUAUUGACACAGUGAUUGUAUUUGUAUGGUUUAUAUAAUUCUUAAUGUUGUGUAGUACUUAAUUCUUACUUCAAAUAUUUCGGUAAAUUAUGCACAUACUUUUAAUUGAUAAAAUUGUUAUUAUUAUCAUUAUUAGUAUUAUUAUCCUCAUCAUCAUUAAUAUGGGUAACUUUGCCAAAUAUGAAUGAUCCUUUUAACCUAAAUAAAACUGUAAUUUAAUCAAAGGGCAAGUAAUUAGUUUAACUAUAUCCGGAUCUUGUUUACUGUGGGUAAUGUCGACCGAGAUAUCGGUCGACAUAGUGGUUGUAACCUGAUAUUUAAUUCUACAAAUAGCAUCUUCAUCUUCAAAUCUUGUAAUACAAUAUAAAUGGCUUGUAAAAUAAAUGAAUGGAGGAAAAAAUAAACAAUAAACAAUCCUUUUAAAAGAAUCUUAGAUUUCAAAUAACAUUUAUUUAAUAAAAUACACUUGAAACGUUGCUGGUUCAUCUGUGAUUCACGUACAAUGAAAAUUAAUAAAAACAUUAUGAAUUCAAAGCACGAAAUUACUCAGAUGUUAAAACUUUAUUUUAUAAGGGCAACAAUAUAAUGGCUUUCUUGUUUGCUUAAAUAUUAAUAUAACUUUUAUUUUUUAUAUUUGCAGAUAAGGGUGUAUCCACAACAACACGCCUUAGUUGCUUGACACAUCCUCCUCCCACACGACCAAAAAUGACUACUAAAGUCACUGAAGUACCAAAAUUUCCAAACGAUACUACGGCUACAGGGAAACCAAUUAAAACUUGGAGGAGACGUCGUCCAAUGGCUUGCAAUAUUUCUGAUGAAGUGGAUGUAGAUCCUGCAUUGACUGUCCUAGGAGGCAGCCACGCUGUAUUUCUUUAUCGUCCUUUUUGCCUGAUCGUGGUCUUCAUCUCCAGCCUUCGGUUCAUUUUUGAAACGCUGCAACAUUUCAUCGAUGGGUGAAAUGCAAUAUCAGUUUUUAGAUUUCUCCUUUUUUUUAUAUAUAUAUAUAUUUUAUUUUGAUUAUGCGGUAAGUCCUUAUCGCAUGAAUUGAAUUUCGGCAUACCCCAAGGCUCCGUGUUAGGCCCAGUCCUCUACCUUCUCUACACAUCACCUACGAUUGACCUGCACCCAUCCAAACCUCUUAUUUCAUUGGUCCCUAUAACCUGCACUACCUAUUGUUUUCAGUGAUAGGGGCAUUGUUAUGUCACCAACCCAAAUUUUUUACUUUUAGCCCAGACUGAUUAUAACAAGUCCUCAUGUUAAAUGUUAAAUGUUAAAUGGCGUCAGGGCGCUCGCCAUCUCCGUCCUUGACCUUUGGAAUCAGCUACGCGACGACAUUAAAUCUAUUGACAAAUUAACAACUUUUAAAUCAAAGAUGAAGACCUAUUUUUUAAAUAUCGCUUUCAAGAAUUAAUUUUUAUCUAAAUUUCAUUUUUGCAUUUUUAUUUUUUACUAUCGUGUGAAUAUUCUGUAAAGUGCAUAGAGCUGCUGUAUAUGCGCUAUUUAAAUGUUAAUUAUUAUUAUUACCUACGAUGUAAACAAAUGGACACAUGAGAACUUUCUUUUUUUUUAAUAAGCGUAAGACCGAAGUUGUAAUAUUUGGAACGGACGCCAGCUUUAAGGUUUACGUAGAAAAUUAUGGAUUAACUUGGGUAAGUGAUUUUAAGUACUUAGCCGUUGUUCUUGACGAACUCAAUUUACCUUAAUUAGAAGGCACAUGUUAAGUUGCUAAAGGAGGUAGGAGAAGAGUGGGAAUGUUGGAACGGACCCCGGAAACUCAAGACACUGACAGUAGGUGCAGCCAACACUCCGUAUAAGUCGCUUAUAGUUCCGAUUUUUUUUGUUACUUUGAUAGUGUUUGGUCCUGCUGUAACAAGUGCGACGCAGACGGUCUUGAAAGCCUCCAAUGUCGAACAGCCAAAAUCGAGUAGUUCAACUGAAACUGCCAUGCAGAUUUUAAAAUGGGUGCCACAGAGGCAAACAUGUCUGCAAGUUAGUUAAGAAAUGCUUAACCUAUACUGUCCCUCAUUUUCUUCGUUAUUAUUUCAGCUUCAACCGGGAUGUCGUUUCCAGAAUUACGCGACAGAGUAAUUUCCCUCGUAUCGCGCAAUUUACUACUUAAGCCGUCAAUAGAGAGUUCUUUUACAAUGGAGCCUUAAUUUACGAUAAAUUUUUAAACUCUGAGCUCUUUGUUAUGUCGACGAUGUAAUUUCCUGCCUUCUCAUUCGUAAAUUUUUAUUCCUAUUAAUCGUGAGAGGUUAAAGAAUUUGGUGCUUGACAUAUUCUAUGUCCAUGUAUCAAUUAGGUUAGGUUUGUUUUGUAAUAAUUUUCGGUUGUUAUUGUUAAUACUCUUGUUUCUAUUGUAAAUAAUUUAGUUUUCAGAGCCGCUAUUGAUAACAGGGCCUGCCUGGAAAGUCAGUUUAAAACAGUGUAUCAGCACUUUUCCCGUUAAUUAAUUUAGAAAAAAAUUUCAGACAAUUUUUUAAUGUUCUCUGUCCCCAAAACGCGAACAUGCAACAGAGACCUGGGAUGAAAAUUUACAACUUUUUGGUUAAAGCCUUCAGUUUAGGAAAGGAUUAUUUAAAACAUUUAAAGAAAGGCUUAGAAGAACAUGUCUGGUUGCAGCAAAACUAAAACAAGUAUCAUAAUGUUUUGUUUCGUUAUUGAAACGCACAGAAAAACUUAAUGGGCUAUUUUUAAAUAAUAGUUUAAGUUAUGAACUUUAAUUCAGUUACCAAAUCUUAAAUAAAGCUGUAACUUUUAAUAUAAAGGUUUCGUCUUGAUGCACGGUGCACUUCUCGCAGAAUUUUGGCACACUCUCUCGUCAGUGUUGUCGGGGUCUUUGAGUAAAUAAUUCUUUUAACUUAAAACUUUGCUCUUCAGCGUUGAUUCUCCAAAAGGUGGAAUAUGAUACCCAUUCCUCACGCAGCUGAAUUGUUAAUAAGCCGGCGUCAAAAUUUCCCGCCAAACGUGACAAUUUUCGCAGAAAAAGGAGUCAGUGAAAGAGUAUCCAAACGGAAGCAUAUAAAUCGGAAGCUUCUAACUUCCCCUUGUUUGUUUAGAACCAUGCUGGGGUUUCCUAACCAUCCAAUCAGAAGCAAAGAACAUCUUGCCCCAAUAUAGAAUCAAAGAAUUGAAGGUAUCUCCGCAAAAAAAUAGCUUAUAACGAACUCUUGAAGUCCUUAAUAGUUCUCCAAGUAAACAAGUACAUCCACAACUCAAUAGUACACGUUGAGACCUUUAAAUUUGUUAUAUAACAUAAUCAAAGGCAGGGAACAAAAACAUUUAUAUUAACAGGUAACGGAGUCGAACGAGUCAUUUGCGCGCACUAACUUGCACUAAGGCGUGUACAAAUAAUUUUCAGUUGCGAAUACUUCCCGUAAAAAAUCUUCGUGCUCGAUAAGUAGUUUUCCGUCUUAGUGGUCAUUUCAAAACAUGCUAUAUGUUAUUCUGAACGGACUUUGUCCAUUGCUCUUAAUAUUAACAUAGCCAGCUUUGAAAACUAUCAGGUAAAACAUAAGGUCGCGUAAUGUAGACGUAAACUGUUUUUAGCACGCGCUAGCUGGUGACUCUAGUUAAGCCAGGGGCCCGUUUCUCGAAAGUCCCGAUAAUUAACGGGCCCGGUAAGCUGUCUCCGUUUACAUUGAAGAUCGAGGUUUCAAUAGUUUUCCAUCUAAAAUGAUAAAACUAUGAGUUAAUGAAACAAAAUGGAGUAGUUUGCUAGCCAGGACCCGCGUUCCUAUUCUUUAUAUUUCGGUUUGAAUAUUUGAUUUCGGGCCCGAAAAGUUACCGGGACUUUCGAGAAACGGGCCCCUGCAGGCCCGUAAGAUGCUUAUCAUGAUUAGCCGGCUUUGUCCUGUUCGGAGUAAGUCAAUCCUGGUCAUUUUGAAUUCCGAUUUUGGUCAAAUUGUACUUCGUAAAACUGUAACUACCCUUUGUAGCACUUCGUUUACAUCGCGAUACAAAGUUUUAAUAACACUAGCGCUACAGUCUCGCGUAUCAGUGAUUCCAUAUUAGGAAGUAGAUCUUGAUUGGUUCUCCGAAGAACCCCGGCAUUGGAUUAGAGUUAUACACUUCAGGGCUAUAUGCUUCUGAUACCAAUUAAAGUAUUAUUUGUUUGUCCAAUUAGUUCAAAAGCAAUUGCUUUAAAUGGCCGGUAUCAAUGAGUGAUUUUCUAUCCUCGCAUUUCGUUUACCUUAAACUGCUGGAUCCUAAACGUUGGAAAAAAUGUGUUUCUUUUUCUUUCAAUGGCUCUCUUUAUGGCAAUUGUCUCUACACGCCUCAAAGUUUCUAUUGUCACAGUCUGCGCAAUUGUUUUAAUAAUCUAAAUCAGUCCUUUUAAAGGUUACGGUCACUGUACGAUAGAAAUAAGGCAAUUACGUAAUGAGGUUCUAGGUAGACUACUCCGACUGCUCUGCAAAAAAUAUUCCUGCAGUACUUUUACUUUUUUUAGUGGAAUAGUUCAUACUCCGUGUUUUAAAGUUGUUUAGCAUUAGGAUUUCAAUACCUCUGUGUCCGUUUGGUUUAAAGCGGUAGAAAAGUCAAAAGCAGGGUUUUUUUUACUGGUUAAUGAUCGUGUAAGGUUAAAGCACUGCUGGAAUUGAUUUAUGCAUCUUAUAACAUCUUAAUUAAUCGAGUUCCCUCCACGCUUUUUCGGGACAAUUCUCUGCUUCUUAGUUGCUUGUUCCGAAGCAUGUUGAUUUAAAUUAGCUUUUGUUCCACCAAAGCUCUUUAAUCUUAACACAAGAAAUUACGAGCUAUGUGUUUUGCUAAAGUUCUUUUUCGUGAAUAUAAUCUGCAAGUUAUUUUUAAGUCAAAACAAACCACAUAAUCGAUGAGCGUUUCUUUAAUGAACUUAUAAAGAUUAUUUCUUGAACUAUAGAAUUACUCUACAGGAGCCUUCAAACUUGCAUUAAAUUUUUCAGAUUAGCGAUCUACCAAAAAUUCAUAUCUAGCCUUAACUAUGCUGAAAUCAUGUUAUUUCAAGUGCUUUGAUUACGGUAAAUUUCGCUUAAAUCCUUAAUUUGUGGAGGAAAAAACCCGCGACAAAACACGUUGCUUAUUUACUUACAAAUUUCUCGCUUUUAUUUGAAAGAACAUUCCCGCAAACUGGGACCUUCAAGAAGGAAAUAGAAAUAAGGUUUAG